AUCAAAACAGUGUUACUACAUCGACAGUAUAAGGAAGUGAGAGCCCGUUUUAAUUUGGCGAUGCUAAUUAAGCUUGAAAAAUUUCUCGCGUGUGUUUACUCGACACAUCAGAGUCCAAGUUGAUUAUUAUAGUACGUGUAACUGCGUUACAGCGGAUAUAAAGGUCAAUGAUCAAUGACUUUUCCCGAUCGAUCAUUCACGCGAGAUCUUCAAUGGAUCAGCACGUGAGGAGUUUACGAGAGGAACUGUUGGAGAGGUCAGUGACAAGUUGUCGUGGUCGAUGACAUAAUAUAAAUGCACCGGGGAUUCCGAUCUAAAAGGAGGUCAAGCACUGAGAUCAUCUAAAAGGUCCUCGAGAUCCUGAAUAUCUAUCCUCGGUGUCAAGACCUGCACUCGGUGAAGGACUCCUCUCAAGGCCUUAAGAAGGAAACCCGAAUGUCAAGAUUGCUCGUAAAGUGGUCUUUUAAAUAAUCUAUCGAAUGAUACACAAUUCGUAUUUGCGUACAAAGUUCUUGUUCAAUAUUUAUUAAAGAAUAAUACGAAAGGGUUGAUUCAAUUUAAACUCAAAAAGAAAAAGAAAACAGGCAAGGCGAAAAAAGUUCCCCCGAGAGUGGGGAAAAUUAAAACCUUUCGAACAAAGAAAUUACAAAAUUUAUUUAUAGAUCAUUUUGAGAAGAGAAAAAGAACUAUGAGAUGUCAUUGAACGUGGUGAUUAAUAAUUUGAUGCGGUAAAAGCGACUAUAAUGCAUAUGGUAGUUGAGACAUGAUUUAUGUACGUGUUGUACGCAGAGAUUAUGCAUAGGUAAAUGUUUUACUAAGGUAACCAGUGGUUUUAUGCUAAUUUGUUGUCAAUACCGGUAUUACUGAUGUACAAUAUGGUCAUAUAAGUACCUCAAGAAUAUCCAGGUUUACAUUGAUUACUGAUUUCUCUUGUACAUACAGUGGCAAACAAUAGUUAUUAAAUAUUCAUACGGCAAGUUUUCACGCGUUCUUGAAAGAGCAUAAACGUGAAGAAAGUUCAGUUUAAGAGGAACGACAUUAAAACUUUGAGAUUGCUAGUAACGCCCCACUGCUAUUUAUUGAAUUCACGUUCUUCCUCUUAAAGGGUGGCAAACAAAUAACAAAUUUUUAUCUCAACUUUUUACCUCGAAAAAGUGGAGAGAUUCGCAGAAGCCGGUUAAAUCAUUCAGAUCGAUUGGAUUUUCGCGAAUGUAAACUUUAUUAUCCUGCGUGCGGUGGUAAUUGAAGAGGGCAAAUCGAUUGUCAUUGAUUCCCAAUUUCGUUGGUCCAUGGAAUUUUACUGCAAUCGCAAGACGUAAUCGUGGUCGUAUGCAAAUUGUGCCGAUCCCUGUUCAAAGGCCAUUGAGAAAUCGGCAAUCACCGAACGGCACGUAAACCUUGCCAGUCGCAAAGCCAACUCCUUCCACGAAAGUCCAGUUUCGGACACCCAGCAAAGGUGUCACCAACAGCCUCCAGUUAAUUGUCAAACAAUAAUCCCUGACCGACAUUAAAGAAAACAAAAAAAUAUAUAAGAAACACCUCGCCGAUACUACAUAUAUCAUUUAAUAAAUGAAUACCUACCUCGCUGCUACGGAAGUAAAUAUGGAAAUUAAAAAAGGGGCUACAUUAAGAAGCAAGAACUCAAUAAUUGGGAUUCUGGUUGUUAUGCUGAUCAUCGCAACAGUUGGCAAUGCCUCGCACGGUGAUCAACGAUUUUCCGAAAUCGAAGAAGCUCCGAAAAUCGGGAAAAAGAGAACCACGCCUCUCCACAAGGCGAUUUUGACCCAACGAGGAUAUAUUCAAUUCCUGAGGUGGGAUUUGCCAGUUCCGGAGAUCAAGGAAUUCACUUUCUGUCUUUGGAUCAAGUCGACGAAUUUCACGUAUUCUCAUCCGAUUUUCUCCUAUUCUAAGAACGAAAAGGACCGUUUGGUUAGGUCCUGGAUAUCCCCGGACGGCACCGAUGUUAAUCUCGAGAUCGACAAUGUUGAGAUUUUCUCACAUCCAGUAUUUCUUAAGGAGCAUAUUUGGUAUCACGUGUGCCAGAGCUGGGACAAUUCCUAUGGCCGAUAUGGAGUCUGGAUCGAUGGCCAUCUUGUGGCCGAAGGUUACUCGGAAAAGAUGGUUGGACACGUGAUUCCCAGCAAAGGCGACAUCGUCCUCGGCCAAGAGUACACCGACUUCGACGAAGGACUGGAAGACGGCAUCGAAGGCGCAAUCCUGGGUUUCAAUUUAGUCCUGGCGUCCGCUUUCGAGAAAUCCGGCAUUAAUUUCCCGAAAAGCCCGUCAUUUUCCGAGUCCUUUGGAAAGGGCACCGAGUUCCCGUACCCGCUGAUCCCGACAAAGGAGCCGACAAUUAAUCACGGGGCUAAGCCGAGUUUCCCAGGAAACUCGAAAUUCGUUCCAACGAAAUUUUUGAAAACAGCUUCAGACCUGGACGUGGCUACGAUCGUUGAACUGAUUCGAAAAGCGAAGUCCUCGCCAGAGAAUUUAAAAACGCGGAUAUUACAGGAUAAUCCUUUCCCAGGGAACAUUCAUCCCCUGGAUCAAUCGACCAGGAUAUCAGAGUUCGAUCAUGAUUUCGUCCCGAUCUAUACCGAUCGAUCAGAUUCUGCUGGAUUUGGGGAUCAUCAGGAUUCCACGUUUCACAGGAAUCAAACCAAGUGGACAUAUUCUGAGAGCCCUGAAGGUCGAUAUAUUGUCCACAGGAGGCGGACAAGAAGUAGUGAAGGACAUUUUCAAGAGGAAUACGGAGGUGAAUCGUAUAGUGAUAGAGGGACGGAGCACUUUAAGUUAAUCGAGUGGAAGUCGAGACCAUUGGGUCUUCAGCUGAUGGAACUAACCUAUCACCAUUGCCUAAUAGGCAGAGGGAGUCCUUCGAUUGGUGGAUCUUUAAUGCUGAUCUCGUGGACCAGAACUCCCGUUCAGGUCUUCGGUGGUGCAAUCAUCAAAAACGCUAGAAGUCAGUGUGGUAAAUUUGGAUAAUCCUUUUCGAUCAAGGAAUUAAUUGCCUAAUGGGUAGAAGAGGUCCUUCGAUUGGUGGAUCUUUAAUGCUGAUCUCGUGGACUAGAACUCUCGUUCACGUCUUCGGCGGUACAGUCAUAAAAAACGCUAGAAGUCAGUGUGGUAAAUUUGGAUAAUCCUUUUCGAUCAAGGAAUUAAUUGCCUAAUGGGUAGAAGAGGUCCUUCGAUUGGUGGAUCUUUAAUGCUGAUCUCGUGGACUAGAACUCCCGUUCAGGUCUUCGACGGUACAAUCAUCAAAAACGUUAAAAGUCAACGGAAAUGCUAAAAGAAUCUGGAAUGAGAUCAUCUAGCGACAAGGUCAAGGAGCAUUGCACAGCACAUACGUGAAUUUCAAGGCCACUGGGCCUUGAAAUGACAAAACUGACCUGUCACCGUUGCCCCAGCAGCAGAGAAAGUUCAUCGAUUUAAAGUGGUCUUUUAACUAUAAUUCUCAUAAGCAGAACUCCCACGCAAAUUUUCGGAGUAUCGUUAUCAAGUACGCUAUAAAUAAGUGCGUUGACAUUAGACAUUGUUUCAAUUUUUUUUUUAUUUCUUUUUUGUACACACAGGAAUAAUCAUGGAAAAAUGUCUCUAAGACAAAUGACUUUUUUCUUAUAAGUUGUAUGUGUUUGCAUAAAUUAAAAUCGUACUAUGUUGCCAUAAUCGAGCUACUCGUUCGGGAAAUCCAUGUCCAACAGAGCUCGUCUAGUUCUUUUUGUAUAAUAGUUUAGUGUGUCGUAGUUUAGUUAUAAGAUAAUAUUUAUAUGCCGGAUGUAAUUUACCGAAAUCGAAGAUACAAACAUUAGUAGUGAUAAUUCCUUGACAUGCAUAAUAGUUCAUUACAUAAAAUCCUAAAUGCCCAACUAUCUUCCACAAUCCUCACACAAAAUACAACUAUUGAACCUCGGUGCUCGAAUCUGAAAUUCAUCCCAGCAAAAUUGGGGUAUCUGGGUCAAUUGUUGCACUGUUUAAAAAAGUAUCCGAUAAUGAAUGAUUUAUCAAAAAUAUUUUGGCAGGAGACAUUUGAAAUCUCGCCGCAUUGAAUGCACAACAAUGUUUCAAUACCUGUAUGAAAUCUUCAUAAUUUAUCAAACCAGUCGAAUAAUAUCAUUAAUGAAUAAACAUUACGUUAAAGUAGGAACUGUUCGCGAAGCUCUUCACAUAGAAUUACUGUAAAAUCUAAAUUUCACAAAUCUUUUCAAAUUGUCAGUCUUCUCAUUUUUCACAUUUUCUCGUUUGUAACUUUUAUGGAGACGUUAGUUACGGCCUCCACGUGGAUUUCUAAAAAAUUCCCGUCGGCCAAGUUCAUGAAGCAUGUCUUGAAAUACUUCUCCGAAAAGUUUCUUUGCCUGAGUUGCAGCUGCACAUACCUCGAUAUAUGUACUCUCGUAUGUCAUUACGUAGAAGCAUCGUGCACGUUAACUCGCGGACACAUGAUGCGUGCAUUAUUUCCCUCUUAACUUCUAGCAAGUUGCACUUUCGGUCGUACUUGUUGAAGGUACCAAGCUAGAAACAGGAUUCCCUGAAGUGCAAUGUUACUGCAAUUUACGUCGACUCGUUGCCAACUAAAUCGGCCUGAAAAUGUAUCGCGAACUUUUGACUUUCCGAAGAACUUUU